AUGGUGAACAUUACGGAGAAGAUCAAGGAGAUCGAGGAUGAGAUGCGGAGGACGCAGAAGAACAAGGCGACAGAAUAUCAUCUUGGUCUAUUGAAAGGAAAACUCGCCCGCCUAAGAGCGCAACUCCUCGAACCAGCAGCCGGCGCAGGUGCAGGCGGCGGCACAGGGUUUGACGUGAGCAAAAGCGGCGAUGCGCGCGUCGCACUCGUCGGAUUCCCAUCUGUCGGCAAAUCCACGUUCUUGUCCAAGAUCACCAAGACCAAGAGCGAGGCUGCGUCGUACUCGUUCACCACGCUGACUGCCAUUCCCGGUGUACUUGAGUAUGGCGGUGCUGAGAUCCAGAUUCUGGAUCUGCCGGGUAUCAUCGAAGGUGCCGCGGAGGGGAAGGGUCGUGGACGGCAGGUUAUUUCUGCUGCGAAGACCAGUGAUCUCAUCCUGAUGAUUCUGGAUGCCACUAAGCGGGCAGAACAGCGGGCUCUGCUGGAAGCGGAGUUGGAUGCCGUUGGGAUUCGACUGAAUAAGGAGCCUCCGUACGUUUUAUCCCUCCCGACUCUUCUUUUAGGAUAUGCAGAUGCUGACAUGCUGCGCAGGAACAUUUAUCUGAAGCAGAAAAAGGCCGGCGGCAUGAAAAUCACUUUCCAGACCCCGCCCAAAAACCUGGACGAGAAAAUGAUCUACAAUGUUCUUCGCGACUACAAGAUGCUCAACUGCGAGGUUCUGGUGCGAGAUGAGAACGCUACAAUUGAUGAUUUCAUCGACGUGAUCAUGAAAGAUCACCGAAAAUACAUCCGCUGCCUCUACGUCUACAACAAGAUCGACAGCGUCAGUCUCGAGUUCCUGGACCAACUAGCCCGCGAGCCGUACACGGCCGUCAUGAGCUGCGAGCUCGAUCUCGGUGUCCAGGAGGUGGUUGAGCGGAUCUGGAAGGAGUUGCGUCUGAUGCGGCUGUACACGAAGCGCAAAGGAGAAGAACCUGGCUUCGACGAAGCUCUGAUCGUUCGCAGCAACUCCUCCAUCGAGGACGUGUGCGACCAGAUCCAUCGCACGCUCAAGGAUACGUUCAAGUAUGCGCUUGUGUGGGGGGCGAGUGCGCGACAUGUUCCGCAGCGGGUAGGAUUGAGCCAUGUCGUGGCGGAUGAGGAUGUGGUUUCCAUCGUAGCGAAAUAG